AUGGUGGAUCUGCUGGACAAUCUCUCGACGGUGCUCCACCAGUCGGCCGAGAAGGUGGUCCUCGUAGACUUGUCCGACCUGAGAAACUUCAUUGAGGUGGUUCAAAACUCCUUCGUCUUCUCCACGUGUAUCUCCCGCUGCAAGCUGCGCCGUUCUGAAGAGAGGGUGUCAGGCCUCACACGGCAGCGCAUACAGCUCGAGAUGACCAGUGGCAACUGGAGCAGAACAAACGAGGCAGACUCUGAUUUGUCGAACCUGGCUUAUCGGGUCCGAGAUGUCCUGCAAAAGCAGCAGCUCAUUUUGUCGCAGCUGGAAGCUUCCGCAAUGCUGGAAGUGUGA